AUGUUCCAGGCUUUCGAAUGGAAUAUUCCAGCAGAUCAACAGCACUGGAAACGCCUGAAAGAGGCAGUACCGAAGCUCAAGGCCAUCGGAGUCGACAACAUUUGGCUUCCGCCGGGUUGCAAAGCACAGUCAGCGGAGGGCAACGGAUAUGAUAUUUACGAUCUUUACGAUCUGGGCGAGUUCGACCAAAAAGGCGGCAAGUCGACGAAAUGGGGACCAAAAGAGGACUUGAUUGAGCUUUGCAAGGCGGCCAAAGAGAACGGAAUCGGGGUCUACUGGGACGCAGUACUGAACCACAAGGCUGGAGCUGACAAGACGGAGCGGUGCCGCGUUGUCGAGGUUGACGAGAACGAUCGCAACAAAGAGACAUCCGAGCCCUACGAGAUCGAAGGAUAG